CCCAAUAAGUGUUGCAGGCCGAGCAUAAGGCUGGGUUGGUCAUUGGGGACUCGGAGUGUGUGUGUGGCGGGUGUCGCUGUGUCCCAGUGAAAAGUUCCUCCGCAAAGGACGAGCAGUAACUCCGGGACGUGUUCCCCAGGCGGGCAGGUCCCUGCCUGCGCCGCCCUUGAGCUGCUCGGGGCGCGCUGCUGCCCGCCCGCUUGUGGAGGGCCGGGGGUUUAAAUGGGAACCGCGUUCCUGGCCCCUCGUGCCUCAGCCUUCCGGCUUCUGUAGCGUUUCCUUGGGAUCGGCUGAAGUGUAGGCGCGAUGUGCCCGGCGCUGGCGAAGGCGGCCCCGCGGGAGGAGGGAGAGGGCGGCUCCCGGAGCAGCGGCUGGGGCCUGCUGGUCACGGCCAGCCUGGGGGGCGCCCUGGUGGCCCUCUAUGCUGUGGCCACCCCCUUCGUCACCCCGGCCCUGAGGAAGGUGUGCCUGCCCUUCGUUCCUGCCACCGCCGAACAGAUCCAGAAUGUGCUGAAAAUGUUGGAAAACAGGAGCGGCUCCCUAGUUGACAUUGGUAGCGGGGAUGGCCGCAUUGUGAUAGCAGCUGCAAAAAAGGGAUUCCAGGCUGUUGGAUAUGAAUUGAAUCCCUGGCUAGUCUGGUACUCCAGAUAUCGUGCCUGGAGAGAUGGAGUACAUCAGAACACCAAAUUUUAUAUUUCAGAUUUAUGGAAGGUUUCUUUUUCCCAUUAUAGAAAUAUUGUUGUUUUUGGAGUACCUCAAAUGAUGCCACAGCUGGAGAAGAAGCUAGAAGAAGAACUUGAAUGUAAUGCCAGGAUCAUUGCCUGUCGCUUUCCUUUCCCUUGCUGGAUUCCAGAUCAUACUACUGGAGAGGGAAUAGACACUGUGUGGGCCUACGAUUUGAAACAUUCUAGAGCAUGUGAAACAAAAAGCUUGGAAAGUACACCAAAGACAGAAUCUUAAAUAUUGAAUUUGAUUUCUUACAGAAAUUUUUAGCUUUGACUGGACCUGUUGAAGAUAAGAUUAACAUGGAGAGAGCCUGGCAUAUGAAGUUGUGAAUUCACUGUAAGAGCUGAAGUACAGUGGCUGUCUGAAAGCACACCAAAGUUAAUGAAAGGUGUAGUUAAAUGGCUUAAUGUGGUGCCCUGGUUUAACUCCGUCUGGCAGUGGAGUACCACACAGAUGUUCACUCACCCUGGUCUGCAGACUCCCACAGUGGGGUGGGAAAGAAAACUGAAAAAAAGGUCAUACCCAUGACCAUGGACUGAGAUAGGAAUAGUUUAAUAAUUGAAAUAAAUUUACUCAUAAUAAUAACAACAACAAGAGAGGAGUAAAACCCAAGAAAGUUGAGUGAUGCACAAUACCCUUGCUCAGCCCCCACUAAUGGAUGCCCACCCAUCCCAGAGCAGUGACUGCCAAAUCUCUCCAGUUUAUAUACUGGGCAUGAUGUUCUGUGGUGUGGAAUAUCCCUUUGGCCAGUUCAGCUCAGCUGUCCUGGCCAUGCUUCCUCCUGGCUUCUUCUGCACCUCCUUGUUGGCAGAACACGAGAAACUAAAAAGUCCUUGGCUUGGAGUAAGCACUGCUCAGCAUCAACUAAAACCAUUAGUGUGUUAUCAGCAUUUGUCUUUUCUACCACAGUGCUGUACCAGCUAAUAGGAAGAAAAUGAACUCCCAGCUGAAAGUUGUUAGUCAAAAUUAUGAAAAAGUUUUUAUAGAAGAGGAAAACUUCAAUAUAGAAAAGAGUUUAGAGCACCAUUCACUACAGUUAAGGGGUAUAUAUGAAUAUGUUCAAAUGCUCAAGUUUGUGAACUUAACAUAUACAUUCUUUCUGACCCCACAGAGCAUUUGAUAUUGGUAUUGGAAUGAUGUGCAUCUUCUCAAAUGAGCUAUAUUUCAAAAAUGUCUGAAUUUUGUAUGCCAAGUACAUAAUGCUGCAUACACAAAACUGGUCCAGAUGGAGUAUGAUGAUGACGCCAAUGUUUGACACCACAGCCUUGAAUGUGUACUUUUGAAAGUUGAGUAUGACAAAAUGGGCAAAUAUAAUAAGCUGUUCAUUAACACAAGUGCUGCCUCUGAUUAUAUUAAUGUUUUUUUAUUUAACUUGUAUUCUCUUUUAGCAUUUGCUGGAAAAUAAACUCCAAGUAAGCCACUCCCCUUCUCCUGUACGUCUUCAGUAAGGGAGGUGCAAAAGCAGAACUUGUGGGUUGAGGUAGCAAUUUACUGAAAGCACAAAGCAAGAAUAAGACAUGGCACAGUAACAACAGCAAUAUUAAUAGUAAAAGGAUACAAAAAGAAGGUAUUUUAGUGACAAAAACGUGUGUUCACCACUGGGAACAAGAAUAAUGGUGGAUGCUUCCAGUAGAUUGUGUCCUCUGACCAAAGGCAGCAUGAUGGCUGGGCAGGCAAAAUGGCCAACUCCCAGUGGAGCACCAGUGUUUUCCUUGGAAACUGUGCCCUCCACUGAUGGCUUGCAUGGUACAGAGUAACAACUUGGUCAUGGCACUAAGCUCUGACCCCUUUCUGCAACCAGGACAACUUAUUACAGGAACACAAAGCUGCAGGAGGAUGCUCUUACUGGUAUAGGCUGUUGAAAAUUACCAUAAAUUUUUGUAAUCUUUCGGAUUUAGGAAGGGUUUCAAAAGUCAUUUACUUCUCAGUGAAGUGCCACCAUUUCUGUCUGCUCAAACUUUAGAUAAAGAUUUGGAUGACAGUUUUUCACUUGAAUACUUGAGGGCUGUCUCUGAUCCCAGGGCUAUUUGUUCUGGCUAGUUUGGUUAAAUCUGAUUCAACUUCAUUUAAUUGUUAGUGAGAUGAGAAGGAAAGAUUUCAGUCAGACUUGUUUUCUCUUCUACUUUUCCAUACAUCUGAUGACGUCUCAGAAACUCAUAGUAUCACUGUUUGGCUUUUCCUUGUAAGUGAAGCAAGGUCUCCCUGUUCUUUCGCUGAUACUGGUUUGCAAAGGGGUACUGUCACUGCAGUGGUGAUUUCCUUUCCUGCCAUAGUUACACCUUUCUGUUGGAUAAUGGUCUGCUUACUCGUGCUAUUUAUCUGGUUCUCAGGUAAAGUUUUACUGUUUUCACUCAUUAGCAAUUAGUCAAAGCUCACAAUCUGCCUCCCCUGGCCCCAGUUAGCGUACACCCUGUUUGUAAAGCAGUAACUGUGUAAGUUUGUCAGAUCUUUGCACAUAUGUUACCCAUGGAAUGGAGCUAAAACGAGCUGGGCAAUUGUCACCUGACUUCAAGGCAGUCAUUACCACAACUAAGAUUAGCUCAGUCCAAGUGAAGUGCUGAGACCCUAGAAUUUGAGGUGAAAACAAAGUCUGACAUUUUUUCAGGUGUUGGGAUAGCCAAUUUGGCUGGUCUGUAGAAUCUGACUUGAAGAGAAAUUGGGCGCUAUUUGGGAUGUGUAGUCUACAAUGAUGUCUGUACCCAUGCUUUUUGUUUUUGAUGUGAGGAGACAGGAAGAAGUUAAAAUACAAGCCUACACUGAG